AUGACUACUAGAAAUUUAUUACAAUGGUUUCAUGAUCGAAUAUAUAAUUAUAAUCUUUUUAUUCCUGAUGAAAAUGAUUAUGAUGAUGAUGAUGAUGAUGGAAAUGGUCAAAUACAAGAUCCUGAAACGUCGAUUAAACAUCAAAAAUAUGCCACUCGAUUGUAUAUUCCUCUUUUUCUCAUAACCAUUUACAUUCUUUUCUUUAUUGCUCUAAUAAAUCCUCAAACUCAAACAAUAACUGUUCCUAAUAUUACUCCAACUCUUUUCGAUCAACUUUAUCGUGAAUAUGGUGAAACACUUUCAUGUCCAUGUAAAAAUACUAGUAUACUCUAUGAAACAUUUGUUACCACUGAAAUCUCAUUUCAUCCAGUAUGUUCCAGUAUUUUUAUUAGUAAAGAAUGGAUUGAAUCACUCUAUCAUCCAUAUGCAAGUGCAUUUCUUGUCAUGGAUUUUCGAACAACAGCUAGUUCUCAAUUUGAAAUCCUUGCUGCUCUUUGCUCAUUAUGUCAACAAACAAUUUCUCAAAUCGUAAAAGAAUUUAAUAACAAUCAACUUGUUACUAUCUCACUUUUACAAGAAAAUGAAAUUCAAUCUCAUAUCAAUGGAGAUACUCAAGUAGCUCAAACUAAUAUACCUAAUCAAUUGAUUUCAUCAUUAGAUUUUUUACAAAUAAUAACACGAUCAAAUUUUUUUAUUUCGGCUCUCAAUACAAAUGUAAUGGUUGAAAUAAUGGAUUCAGGAGUAGAGCAUUAUGUGGAAAUAUUCCCAACAAGUUAUAUUGAUCAAAAUGCAUCAGGUCGAGUUGGUACAGUCGGUUUAUCUUGCAAUUUAAGAAGUUUAACAGUUCCAGCUGGUUUUUACCUAUUACCAUAUUAUGAAAGUGCAUUUUAUCAUAAUGAUUGGCCCAUCUAUUUAGGACCCUCUCGACUGAAUAUUUCUGCAAUGGUAAAUGGAUUUUUUGGUGGAUGUACUGCACUUGAUUCUCUUCUCCCAAGUACACUUGAUUGUUUAUACGAUAUUAAUUGCCUUGAAAAUCUUGCUGAUUAUUUUCCGAAUCUAAAUCAAACAACUUUGAACCGGACUACUACUCUCUCAUCGUUCGAUCGAUCAUACAUGUCCGUAGAAGAUCAUCUAGCAAAAUUAUUUACUGAACAAUGGAUAACAAUAGUUAAUUAUUCGAAAUAUUUUAAUGAAUGUGCUCCCACUUUAUGCCGAUAUUCAAAAACAGAAUAUAUGAAUUUCAGUUAUACAAUUACUUUAUUAUUGAGUUUGUAUGGUGGUCUAACAAUCAUGCUGCGAAUCAUUGCAGUUUCCCUAAUUAAAGUCUCGUCGAAAAUCAAACAUCGUCUCAUACGAACUCAUUUUCAUAAAAGAAAAUUUAUUCAAUGGACAAAACAAUUAAAUCUGUUCAAAUCAAAUGACAAACGAACAGCAAACGAUCUUGUACAACAACGUGUCACUACACGCUUGUAUUUAGUUCUACUUACAAGUAUGAUCUUCAUUCUUAUUGUAUUUACUUCAUUUCAUACUGAUACAACUACUAUUACGAUACCAAAUCCAUCGUUAUCUGAUUAUAAAUAUCACCAAAAUUUACAUGGUGAUACAUUAAAAUGUGUCUGCCUAAAUGUGAUGAUACCGUAUAGUAAAAUAAUAUCAUUAUCAGCAAUUUUGCAUCAAGUAUGUUCAAGUGAUUAUGUUAGUGAAGCUUGGAUUUCACUCUUAUUAUAUAUUAAUCCUUCUACUUGGGGCUAUGAUCUUUCUGUUGAGUGGCUUGCAUUCGAUUAUAAAGUUUUUCAACUCUUAUCAUCUCUUUGUCAAUUAGCUAACAAAACAAUUCUUGAUGCUCGUGAUCGUUUUUAUACGCAGUCAAUUAUCACAUCAAACAUGCUUAUUGAAUCUGAUUUUUAUGCUCAAUUAAAUGCUACUUUCGAGCAAUUUACACAGUCAUUGAUCAUUGAUUUUGGUCGUGCUGUUGAUAUGACGCAUCUUUUUACUCAAGUCGAUCAACCUUUUACUGAUUCUUCUAAUGCAGAACUGAAUAUAUUUCGUGUAACAGAUCAAACAAAUGAUCAGCUACCAUGGCAGAUGAAAUUCACUUUUACUGGGAUAGAAGAAACGACUUCAACAUCUGUUCAAUGUAUCUGUGCCGUUGAUUUUUAUUGUAAGAGUUCAGUUACGGCUCAUGGGUAUAGUAAAGACUCAAAUGGAUGGCCAGAUGAAAAUAUUACUUAUGCAGUACCAGGCAUGAUCAAAAGUUGUUUUACUAUUGAUACUCUUUUACUUUCAACACUUGAAUGUUUUUAUUUGGAAUCAUGUGUAUCAGUUAUAUAUAGUUUGUUAAAUGAGACAUUGAUUCAUCAUAUGACUGAUUUAAUAUGGUUUCAAAUUUAUCCCCUUAUUUAUAAACAAGAAUCAAGUCGUUUUCCUCCUAAUACUUCACUUUCAAUUAUCGUUAAAGAAAUGAUGAUUGAACAAUGGAUUCCUUCGUCAUCAUUCGAUUAUUAUUAUGAACAAUGUGCACCAAUUUAUUGCACUUAUUCAGAGACAACACGAACUUAUAAUAUCAUUGGAAUAAUAACAAAAGUAAUCUCGACCAUUGGUGGACUUAUAAUGAUACUACGUUUAAUUACACCUGUAUUCGUCAAAGUUAUCUUUAAAUUACUGACACCAAAAACUCCAAGACAAGAACAAGAUAUUCCAAUGUCAUUCGAUCGAUUUAAACAAAUGUUCCGUAACUUAAUAACAUUAUUGUUAACUACAUUAAGAAAUUUGAAUAUAUUCCCAAUACGAAGUUUCGGAAGUAGUAUUACACGAAUGGAAGCUAAACAUCUUGGCCAAUUGACUACUCGACUGUAUCUUAUUUUACUUCUUAUCAGUUUUGUUAUUCUCAGUUUAUAUACUGCAGUUAAACCACAAACUUUAAUCAAUACUUAUAUGCGACCAUCACUUGAUAUCUAUAAUCGUCUCUUACUUGAUCAUCCUGACUCUAUUCAAUGUCCUUGUUCGUCAAUUUCAGUACCAUAUGGUAAAUUUAUUGAUAUUGAGCCUGUCUUUCAUCAAAUUUGUUCAAGUCAAUUUGUCUCAGAUGAAUGGCGAACGAAUAUUUUAGCAGGUCUCAUCUCAAAUCUGUCUAUUUAUACUCAAGAUGAUUAUCGUCGUUUUUUACCCGGUCAUUUACAAUUUCUCUCUGGAUUAUGUAAUCUUUCUAAACAGUCGACCAAUGAUUCUAUUAGUCAGUUUCUUUCCUCAUCUUUUGUCACUGCACAUCUCUUACCAGAAUCAAUAUUUCACGUACAAAUUGAACCAUUUAUUACAAAGAGCAAAUCAAAUACCCCAACUGAUUUUGCACGUCUUCUUUCGUUACUUCGAGCAAUAAAUCAUGGGAAUGCGAUUGUCACAAGUUAUGGAACGAAUUUUGAAUAUAUUGCUCCUUGGUAUAAUAUGAUUUACUCAGCUGCAAUCACUCAACCAGUGAUGUAUAAUGAUAAACAAUGUAACUGUGCAUUAACUGCAAAUUGUACAAUUCAAGCAAAUUUUAUUCAAACGAAUCCAAAAGAAAUUUUUCAAGUUCAUGGCUUGAAAAUGGGUUGUAUACCGUCUGAAUCAUUUCUUCUUUCGACACUUGAAUGUUUUUAUAAUUUAUCCUGUAUUGAUCUAAUUCAACAAUUCACAAAUAAUAAUUCCAUGAUGAAUACUUCACUUUUAUUGGUUAAUGGUCGAAGUCAUUUUUCAAUGAAUACAACAAUUAUGGAUCUUGUCCAAGAUCUUUUUAUUGAAAAUUGGUCAACAACAAUUAAUUAUCCAGCAUAUUUUCAUUAUUGUAUGCCUCUAUCAUGUUCAUAUAGUUACGUUCAGAAAUUCAAUUCAUUAUACACAUUAAUUGUUCUUCUUGGUCUUUAUGGUGGUCUCACAUUUGUGUUGAAAUGGAUUUGUCCUAAUCUAGUAUAUUUUGUGUGGAAAAUUUAUCUGUAUUGGAAAAAGCGAAAUAAUGUUGUCGAACCCGUAUCUACUAUUGAAAUGAACACAACCAAUACAUCUCCUAGAAGAAAAUUUUAUUCUCCAUUAAUACGAUUUUUUAUUUUUGGUUUUAUUCUCUUCAUCCUGAUGAUUAUCACUAUGAUUAUUACAAUGGUUUUUCUCAAUCGACAAAGUCAACAUAACUACGCUGUAGAAACAAUCACAGCAACAAAUAUGACAACGAUGACAACAACUACAAUGACAGUUUCUCGUGCAACAGUAUCAAAUUGUCCAUUAACAUUUCAAUCAAUCGUUUUCUAUCCUUUUGGUUCUUCAACUGAUAAUGGUUAUGAUUGGUACUCGAUUGGUACCGGUGAUUUUAAUAAUGAUGGUCACUCAGAUAUUGCUAUAACUGCUUGUUACUACAACAAACUGCUGAUCUGGCUUGGAAAUACUAAUGGAACAUUCGAAACACAAAUCGAAUAUUUAACUGGAGGUCUUUGUCCACAGUCAAUUGUUGUUGAUGAUUUCAACAAUGAUGGUUUUAUGGAUAUUGCUAUUGCUAAUCAACAAUCGAAUAAUAUUGCUCUAUUGUUUGGAUAUGGAAAUGAAAGUUUUGAAAUAAAACGAAUAUUGUCUACAGGAUCUCAUAGUCAACCAAUCUCAAUUGUUAAGGGUGAUUAUAACAAAGAUGGUUAUUUAGAUUUAGCUGUAGUAAAUAUUGGUUCUAGUAAUAUAGCUAUAUUUCUUGGUAAUAUAGAGACACCAUCUGAAAUACUAACAACAUUUUGUGGGAAUAUUUGUUUUUAUCCAUUUUCUGCGGUUGCUGAUGAUUUUAAUGGAGAUGAUUAUCUCGAUCUUGUUGCAAUUAGUAAUGCUGAUAAUAACGAUCCGACAGAUGGAUUUAUUUAUGUACUAAUUAAUGAUGGUCAAGGUAAUUUCGGUAUAGUAAUGAAAUUUUCUAUUGGACGUAUUAGUGAUCCGUAUUCACUUAGUGUUGGUGAUUUCAACAGUGACAAUUAUUUAGAUCUUGUUAUUACCAAUAGCAACUGGAAUAAUAUAGGUAUAAUGUAUGGAAAUGGUAAUGCAAGUUUUGAAAUACAAGUGACAUAUUCAAUUGGAGUUUUCGGUGAUCCACAGACGGCUGUUGUUGGUGAUUUCAAUAAUGACGGUAAAUCAGAUAUUGCUUUCGCUCGAUCGUGGAUGUAUAAUAUAGGUAUGCUUAUUGGUACCGGUAGUGGAAGUUUUCUAGAACCAAUGAUGUUUCCGGCUGACUAUAAUGGUAAUCCGGUUUUAAUAGCUUCACAAGAUUUAAAUAACGAUGGUAAAUUAGAUAUUAUUGUUAUUGAUGAUGAUCUAAAUAGCAUCGGUAUCAUAAUGAAUACAUGUGAUUGUUGCAUAUCUGAUUAG